CAGGCACCAGCGAGAAUACGCUCUGACCCACCUGCCAUUGGCUCAAACUGGACCAAUCAGCUUCGCCCUCCGACCCUUCCAACUGCCAACAGCUGCAGCAACCAUCUAUCGACCAGGUUAGAUCCACAUCGGCGACUUGGCACCAUCCCAUUGAUCCCUUGUGCAACUCGAUAUGCCACAAACGUGUGGUUUCAUCCAACAGCAGCAGUUGCUGAGGCUCGAUGCUGUAACUACCCCGCCAACAGGGAAGACGUAUUGAUUAAAUCUGGCGACUCUUGGCGUUGGCAUCUCUUAGGCGCGGAGACUAUCGAUCCACUCCUGCUAUCCCGCCCAUAUGUCUGGUCUGCCGGGCGGCAUCCAAUCUUCUUGCAGAUUAUCGGCCAAACAGGUGCUGUGUUUCACCUUCCUUGUGUCCGUGCCGCGUUGACGCGUUCUCUGCUGUUUGUCUUUGUCAUUUCUCCGGCGCAUACAUUCUGUAGCUGUAUUGGUCGGUGUCGCGCUUUCGAUCCUCCACUUCUUCGUCGUUUUCGUUGGAUUUUGCCCAUCCCGCCUCCGGCUCCUCAUCGCCUCUGGGCGCUUGCAAACCACGGCUACUCGGACGAGCUACUACCAAUGCCGACCGCGAAGACAACUUCUAAUGUGGCCGCACAGGCACUUAUGAUCGGUCGAUCCGCCGGCCGCAGCGCCCACUCAGCCCGUCACUAUCGCAGCCCUGCCAUUGAGUCAGAGCCGCCAACCGCUGACCUUGUGACUGUUUCACGGGCAGAGCAGGCUUGGUGGCAUGACAGGCAGGGCCUUGCUCUCAUGUAG